AUGUCUACCACCGAUGAUCUCAGGACUUCGAUUCAAACGCUCAUCAGCGCCAUCGAAGCCCAGCCGGAAUUUCCCCCGCAGCAGGCGGUCCGCAAAGGCAAAGUCUACUUCAUGUGGGACUUCGUCAACAACACCCUACGCAUGCUUCUGGCCUCGAACAACAACCGCGAGACCAAGACCGACGUCAUGCAGCGCAGCUUGUUCGCCAACAUCCUCUUCAACGACACUACCGGCAAGCUCACCAUGCUGACCGGUGGCGACACGACCGAAUUCAACGCCGACGUCAAGGCGAAGAGUGAGGACGUCCAGACCAAGGCCGGGGAAUGGGGCGUGGCUGAGGGUCUCCUGAGCAGUUGA